AUGAGAGCGUAUUAUUAUGACAAUGAAAAUUAUGAUCCCCGCGAAAGGCACGAGUUAAUCCCUUUCUCGGCAGUUAGUCCUGAGGAACUGGCAAAAUUAGGUGUCAUUUAUGGGCAUUAUGAUCAUGUUUCAGAUAUAGACAAAGUUGCCAGAGAACGACAAUAUAAAAAUAGUGACGAACUUAUUUGUUCUAGGGAAGGUCUCGGUGACCUAUAUGAAAGCAAAUUGAAAACUUUCUUUGAAGAACAUCUUCACGAAGACGAAGAAAUUCGUUAUGUCAUAGCGGGUUCCGGUUACUUUGAUGUUCGUGGGGAUCUCCUGAUCUUGCCGGCUGGUAUUUACCACCGUUUUACUCUUGACGUUAAUGAUUAUAUUAAAGUUAAAAAUGAGCCAAAAUGGAUUCCAAUUAAUCGUCCCGCUGAUGAUAAUCCACAUCGUUUAGAAUAUUUGAAAUCUCUUAAUAUGGUAGCGGAAGUUUGA